CACAUCAGAAAACAUUUUUCUGAUGAAGUGCGAGCAUUCUUUUAAGCAUGACAGUCCCUUACUCGUCCGGUUUCCUGCAAUAACUUAUUGAUUGAAUGUGACGGAUUUUGGUGACAGCGGAGUGGCCAAAUUUGAAGAUGAACCGGCGGAGACACGGAAGAGAAUGUUAACCUGGUGCGAAAUGGCGAUCACAAUAUCUUGGGGUGGGCAGUCAAGUGAAGGGAUUGGAAUCACAGAUCAAGGAGAUGCAGUGUUUGCUAGAAGACUCCGACAGAUCAAGACAUCACGGAAGCAAGAGCGUUGGUUACUGGAUUCUAGAAAUCAGGGAUCUCGUGCACCAAGCUGAAGAUGUCAUUGAAAUGUAUUCGGUUAUGCAAGUUUCUUUGAAAAGAGGAAGGGGCAUUACACAUUUUUUUCAAAGAUUUUCUUGUGUCUCAAACCGCUGCUGCAGACUCCACAAGAUCGGUUUGGAGAUUUCAGAAAUCAGAACAGAUAUCGGAAGAGUGUAUAAAAGCAUGCAAGAAUAUGGGCUAAGAAGUAUUGUUCAAGAAGAAAACUCAGGUUUGGGAAGUGAAAACCAAAUAUGGAAAAGAAAAACAUAUUCUUUUGAAACCAAUGAUUGCUUUGUUGGAAUGGAAGAAGAUUUGAAGCGACUUGUUUCUCUUACAGUUGAUGAUAACCUAAGCCGGGUUAUUUCUGUGUGGGGAAUGGGUGGACUCGGAAAGACAACCAUUGUUCGGAGAGUGUACAACCAUGCCAGUGUUAAGCAUGCCUUUGAUUCCUUUGCCUGGGUUUGUAUUACUCAACAAUGCCGAAUUAGAUUUGUCUUGGAAGAAGUCCUUAAGCAGUUAAUGCCACAAAAGAAGGAGGAUGCUAUGCAUCUAACUGAUACAGAGUUGGUUGAGCAACUCUUUCAAGUCCAAAAAGAUAAAAGAUGUCUGAUUGUAUUGGAUGAUCUCUGGAAAGUUGAGCACCGGGAUUGUCUGUUGGAUGUCUUUGUAGAUAGCAAGAUUUUGAUGACAACUCGAAAACAGAAUGUUGCAGAUGUGGGAUUAUCCUACAAACUUGGGCUCCUAAACAUGGCUGAUGGCUGGCAACUGCUCAAAUGCAAAGCAUUUCCACGAGGCUGUGUCCCACCAGACUUUGGUCCACAAAUUGAAUUGUUUGAGGAAGUUGGUAAGAAGAUGGUGAAAAUCUGUGGCUAUCUACCAUUAGUAAUUUCUCUGCUGGGAGGGAUCUUGAGCAAACGACAAUCAUUGAAAGAAUGGGAGUUGGUAAAUAAAAAUAUUGAUGAUUACUUGUUUAGUGCUGGAAGCACGGAUCAGGACAAUAGGAUUAAUGCGGUAGUACUAGAUUUAAGUUAUGAGGACCUACCGUCUUACUUGAAACCUUGUUUUCUUUAUAUGGGUCAAUUUGUCGAAGAUCAAUAUGUAUAUGGUGACAAUUUAUACAUGUUGUGGAUAGCAGAAGGCUUGAUUACAGUCGAGAAUCGAGCAAGUGGGAAGACAUUGAUGAAUGUUGCAGAACUCUACUUGAGUGAAUUGGCAUCUAGGUGCAUGGUAGAAAUUGUAGCUCAAGAUACUGUAUCAAGUAAACGCUAUGUAUCCUGCCAUCUUCAUGAUGUUGUACGAGAUCUAUGUUUGCUGAAGGGGAAGAAGGAGGACUUUCGUCUCAAGGUUGUGAAUUGUCAAGGGGGAAGACUUGAUGUGUUGAGUCCAUCUGUUUUGGGUAUUAAAACACGAUACUUGGCAAUGCAUUUUAGAGGUGAAGUGGAAGUAGAACAUGAUGAAUUUACGACUAAUCAUGAAGAAACUACCAAACACAUUCGAUCUCUCAAGUUUAUUUGUCAUUCAAAACAGAGGAAGAUCAACUUCCCAAAAAGUGUUCUUGAAUAUUUCUAUAACUUCAAAUUGGUCAGAGUUUUAGUAUUUGAAGGCUGCAACUUCCAAGGAAGAAAGUUACCCAAAGAAAUUGGCAAUCUAAUUCACCUUAGAUACUUGCGGUUGCGAAAUUGUGAAUGUACCGAAUUGCCAUCCUCCAUCAGCAACUUGAUAUACUUGUCCACGCUCGAUCUAUUCCAUUCAUGGGAUGUCCGCAUACCAAAUGUUUUGCACAAACUGAUUCGGUUAAAGCACUUGUUUCUUCCUGAUUACCGAAAGACCAGCAAUGCCAUUGCCAGAAACUACCAGCUUAGCUUGGAAGGCCUAAGUAAGCUGGAGACGCUGAUCGGGUUUGACAGCUUGUUCCAUGAUUGGAAAUCUGUGUCGAGAAUGAAGAAUCUCCGACGUCUUCGAGCCACAGUGCAUGAUGUAAAAACACUAUCAGAAAUCAUUUAUGAUCUCAAAACAUACAGGGAUAAUCUGCAAGAGUCUACACUUAUAAUCAGAGAUGGUUGUGAGCUGACAUCUUUGGAACAAGAGGUGCCAAUUCUGAGGAAGCUGUUGACAUGUCCCAAUCUUCAUUCCUUGUGGAUAGACGUGCACACACCGAACCUGAAACAAGAAAUCAAAACUCAACUAGUUUUCCCAAGACUUGUGUUCUUGACAUUGAGAAACUGCAAAAUAGAGGAUGACCCAAUGCAGAUGCUGGAGAUACUUCCUUGCCUAGAAUCUUUGUGCUUAUGGCCAUGUUCUUAUGUGGGGAAAAAUAUGACUUGUAGCAGAUCAGGCUUCUGUAAACUCAAAACCAUUCAGCUGUGGGGUUUACCAAAUUUGACAGAGUGGAAAGUUGAGAAAGGAGCCAUGCCGAUCCUUUCUGAGCUUGAAAUUAGGGACUGUCCAAAGUUGGGGAAGAUUCAAGAUGAACUGAGAUCUAUUACAAAUUUGGAGGAACUGGAGAUUUCCGAAUUGCCAGGAUUUGGAAAAUGGGUUUCUGGGAGAAAGAGAGGAGUUCAACACUGUUUUCCGUGCUCCUUUCGUCAUCAUCCCCCGACCGACUGACAGCAGGUGUCAAAA